UUUUAGAUUGAAGACUUUCCUUUCCUACUUUCCACUUCCUUUUAAUUAUCUCCGCAGCUGUUAGUUUCCUUUCUGUUUCCGGUCGUCAAGAUGAAGCUAGAACUUUGUUCUUACUCGGGUUACAAAAUAUACCCUGGCCAUGGCAAGCGUCUGGUCAAAGCUGAUGGCAGGACAUUUUACUUCUUAAGUCACAAGUGUGAACGCUCACAUACGAUGAAGCGUAAUCCUCGCAAUAUCAACUGGACAGUGCUUUAUCGCAGAAAGCACAAGAAAGGUCAGGUAGAUGAAAUAGCCAAGAGAAGGUCACGUCGUACACAGAAAUUUCAGAGAGCCAUUACUGGUGCAACUUUAAAUGAUAUCAUUGCUAAGAGAAACCAGAAACCUGAAGUUCGUAAAGCCCAACGUGAACAGGCUAUCAGGGCAUACAAAGAAAAGGUUAAAGUUAAAGAAGCUCAGAAGAAAAAUGUAAAGCCUGUCCCAACCAAACAGCCCAAACAAGCUAAAGCAACCAAGCAGCCUAUGGCUAAAGCUCCUCGUGUUGGUGGAAAGAGAUAAGCUGCUUUAUCAUUAAAUAAAAUUGUGACCAUAUAAAA